AUGGCAAGUCCCCUACACCAAGCCUCCAGCUCGUCUGCUCUUCCCGAAUCAGCAUCGCCAUCCGUCGCGCCUUCGCCAUCUAACGCUGCCCGCAACCUCCGAUUCUCCCCGCCGUAUAACUCAUCCAUCGCCAGCAUCCCCAACUUUUACACGCAUCCUUCUCGUACUUCGAUAUUCAGUGCAUCCGGCGAACUUAACAUCCCAGGUUCCGAAACAACGAAUACUAUCAAUAUGGAGACCAUUGGGUCUGAGACUGGUGUCAUCACCAGAAGGGUUGGUCUGCCGUCGUUCUCGCGGGCUUUCAACAUGCUUGUGGCUUCGGAGGCUGCUGACAGCACCCCCAAGAAGGAGGAGGACGGCUUCUUUGUCCCGUCAUAUCUCGAAAGCUCAACAUACGUUCAGAAGCUCCAAGAGGCACACCAAGCCAAGGUCCAGGCUCGCGAUUCAACACGUACAUCGACCAGCGGUUUCACCCCGAGCUCAACUACACCUAACCAACAUCCUUUACCACCCGGCGCGCAUCGAGGCCUGUCACAUACUGUUAUAGAACGCCCCCCAGCUUUUGAAGAGGAUGACGACCUUGCUCCUCUGCCAACGAAAUGGAACAAGGACGACCAAUGGGCGGGCAUAGAGAUACAGCCCGAUGGUCUUACUGUGAGAUAUGUUGGACCCAAGAACCAGCAUGAUAGGGAUCACGAGGCCAGUGCCGUUCGUGCCGACCACCACAUGCCGCCUCAGUGUGGAAUAUACUACUUCGAAGUGGAAAUAACGGGGGCCAAGCGUGAUGAUGCCACUAUCGGUAUUGGAUUUACCACAAAGACAGCUACUCUAUCACGACCAAUAGGUUGGGAGCCUGAGGCUUGGGGCUAUCAUGGCGACGAUGGUCGGUGUUUUACAGGACAGAACGUUGGAAGACACUACGGCCCCUUAUACAAUAUAGGCGACGUGAUUGGGUGUGGUGUUAAUUUUAAAGAAAAUACUGCAUUCUUCACGAAGAACGGAGUCAAGAUAGGCACGGCGUUCCACGAUGUUACUCGUGGCAAGCUUUACCCAGCAGUCAGUAUCAAGAAGCCAGGCGAGUCAAUCCGGGUCAAUUUUGGAAAGACUCCUUUUAUCUAUAACAUCGACGACCUCAUGCGUGAAGAGCGUAUGAAAGUGCAAAGGGAUAUCCAGGCCACGGAGACAUCAAGUCUUGUCCUAGGCAUGGGUGAGACUGACCUAAUUCAGGCACUUGUUCUUCAAUUCCUUCAACACGAUGGCUACGUGGAGACGGCUCGGGCCUUUGCGGAAGAUAUGAAAGUUCAAAAAGAAGCCCUAAGUCUUGACCCGGCGGUAACAGUAGAUGGUGUCAGUAUCAGAGAUGAUGAAGACGCAAACAACCGCCAACGUAUACGACGGGCUAUCCUCGAGGGAGAUAUAGAUAGGGCGCUCAAGUACACGAAUGCUUACUACCCUCAUGUGCUUCAGGACAAUGAGCACGUCUACUUCCGACUACGAUGCCGCAAGUUCAUUGAGCUAGUGCGAAAGCUGGCCCAACUCAACAUGCGCAAUGAGACAAAGGGCAAUGGGCAUAUCCAUAACACUGUGUCUCAAAGCAUGGACAUCGACCUAAAUGGAAGUGAAAAUACUUCAUGGGAAGCUGAUAGCGGCGAGAAUACGACCGAAAGCGCUGAGCUCGAGCGCAGCAUGCUAGAGUACGGACAGAAGCUACAAGAAGAAUACGCCAACGACCCGCGGAUAGAAGUCAGCAAAGCACUAAACGAGAUUUGGGCAUUGGUUGCAUAUCAAAAUCCUUUCAAGGAGCCUCAAGUCAGCCACCUCUUGGAUAGGAAUGGUAGGGUAGCUGUUGCAGAGGAACUGAACUCUGCAAUUCUACUAUCACUCGGCAAAUCAUCUCGGGCCGCCUUGGAGAAGCUAUAUGCUCAGACCAACGUCAUCCUCGAGGAUCUGCGCCAAGAUGGCGGUGUUGGAGCCUUUGCUUCGGUAAACGAUGUCUUGGAAGGAAUCCCUCGACCUCCACAAAACUGA